AUGCUGGCGGCCUGGGUCCCGUCGCGCGCCCUCGCCCUUCGCCGUCACUAUGAUGUCCGCUCUCUAGAAAUAGGACCUGCUGCUGGAGCUAGAACCGCGAAGUCUGCUCGUAUCCAUCAUGCUCGUUCUUUGGCCUCAGGCCUAGCGAAAACCGACGAUGGGCCCUUCCAGACCCCCAUCCCCAAUCCGGCCUUGCGCAAUGAGCCCAAUGUCGAUCUCAACAGCCUGCGAAACACACUCGAAGCCCAUCGUGCAGCGAAUCGAGCAUCAGUCAUUCGAAAAAUAGACCGGUCAGGCCGAUCUAUUCCACUGGACAUUGGCAGCUUUCUCCCUCGGGGUGUGUAUACGCCAGAACAUACUGUUCCUCCCUUGCGAAAGAAGAAGGAUGAAUAUGCUAUCAAACACAUCCAAGGGAAGAAAGGCCCUUCCAGCAGCCACAGUAAAGGCACGUACCGUGAUCUUGGUGGUUUGUGGCGUGUCGAGGAGGACAGCGGCACCCUUCCUACGAUGACUCGGAUGCCAUGGUUGGCUCACAUUAACCAUGUUCAGUCUGCGCCCUGGCCCUCAGCUAUCGAGCGCCUAGCUGACGAGAUUCGAGCUUUCGAGAAGUAUGCUACACCUUCCGAAGAGGAGAAACGUGCAGCCAACCUUGCUCUUGAUGAGAUCGUCCGAGCCAUCCGCAUAGCUGAUGAGAACCUUGAUGUCUCUGUUAUUGGCUCGCGGAGGACGGGACUGGAUGACCCGCUCUCGGAUCUCGAUCUGAACGUAACCAACAUCCUUUCUCCGGCAACGAUGAAGCGAUUCAGGACUCCUGUAGAAAUCCUGUCCUUGCUGGACAGGGUUUUCAAUGGCCACCGACGGUCAAUCCAACUGCCCGAGCUACCACUUGAUGUGGUCAUCAAUAUCAAACACGCCAGGGUGCCUAUUCUGGUGUGUCACCACAGAGGGACUGGGCUUCCCGUACAAAUACAGAGCACGCCACGAGCGUUGGACAACACCGAGUACGUGAAGGCUUUUCUUCACGAAUAUCCGACACUGCGGAGUCUUUACAAGGUUCUGAAACAGACCCUCGCCAUGCGGGCGCUUCAUCUCGGCAGCCAAGGUGGUCUCACGUCGUACCCGCUUAUCAUCAUGAUUGUUGCCGCGCUCAAAUUCUGUGAAGGAAGAUUUGAGCGCACGGAUGUGGCGAGGCAGUUCCUCUUCUUUCUGGAUAUGUACACAGACAUAGACUUCUAUGCACAAGGAAUUUCCACCCGGCCCCUUGGCUACUUUCCGAAGCAUAUCAGAGAAAAAGAAUUCCAGCAGCGACCACUGCUGAAGGACACACAGUCUCUGGCUCUCUACGCCGAAGAAAUCAAGGGCCAACGUCGAAUGUCUGUCCAACACCAAAAGAAAGGAUAUCGCAUGACUCUACAGGACCCCGCCGAUCCUUCCAACGAGCUUGGAGGUGGUGUCCACCAGAUCCGAGAUAUUCAAGAAACAUUCAUUUACCUUCGAACGCGGGUCAAGGAUGCCAUGACAAGAUGGGAUGCUUUUGAACUCGAACAGGGCUUCUCAGACGAGCACCUUCGAACGCACUCACUAUUAGAGUCAUGCGUGAGUGGCGACUAUAGGGUUUAUGAGACUGAGCGAAACGAAUUGCGCAUGCUCUUCAAGUUCCCCCAGAUGGACUUUGAAAUGGCCGUUUGGGAGAUGACACAUCUUCUCAUCGCGCCAAAAAAGGUGUUCAAGUCGAUAUACUACCACAAGCAGACGAGAAAUACGUGGCAUCGGCCAGAUCCUUCUUUCACCUACCUCCUGUCCUUCUUCCUACUCCUCACGUCCUUCGCCUGGUCUUUAGCAUACACGCCCUCGUUCGCAUCUGUGGUCAAGCUCGCAUUGAUGUUUGUCGUUGUGCAUUUUCUGGCUGGAUCACUGCUUGUGUCGGUCCUGGCAUACUAUUUGGUUGGCCGCCUCUUAGGUCCAGGCAUUGCCGGGCUUCCUGGCCGAAGGCGUCAACCGGGGCUGUUUGGUCCACCUGGAGGAUCACGAGGAGCCGAAGUGUUGGAAUUUGGAUAUUGUUUCGAUAUCUCGAUCCGCGCCUUUUUCCCGCCAUAUGUAUUGCUCUACAUUAUUCAAUACAUCCUCAUGCCGGUGGUCAAUCAUCAAAACCGAGCGUCGACCUUUUUUGCCAAUCUGCUUUACCUAGCAGCCGGCAUUUACUGGAGCUUGAUAACAUUCCUGGGAUAUAAUGCGCUACAUUUCCUGCACCACACCCAGUUUCUCCUUUCGCCCAUGGUGGCGUGGGUCGUUAUAUGGCUUAUCUGCACAGUCUUGGGCAUCAACUUGACGACAGUGGGAACGCGAUGGUUGUUUGUGGGCGUACCAAGCUGA